AUGCGGUUCGACGAGAUCGCACGGACGUCGCCUCCCAUUUCGAGAGAGUUCAUAAAUUUCCCCAUGUCUGUCAGCUUGGUGGAUCAUUCUGCGCCAAGUCAUGUUUUUAAUGACUAUCUUGCGAUGCGCACGACACGUGCCGGCACAAUCUCGCCUGAUGACCGCAAAGUUUCAACAAUAUUUCAAUUCAGGGCGAUUGACUGGGGCAUGGAAAAUUGCGAAUUGCACGUCGCCAUUCCGCCUAUGGAUCGACCAACUACGCUUGCUUUAUAUCGCCUCAAUGCCACUGUACCAGUUGAUAUUUCAACGUUAUCGUUUAACGUCCGACCGCCACGGGUCGCGAAACUUGAUAACAUUGUGCUAGGGCAAGACAGCUUGAACUGGCACAGAAAACUUUCUUGUGUGAUGGACGACGUCCUUGUUUUCGAAUUGGGAUGUUCGGAGGAUGAAUCAAGCAGUACCUGCGAUAUAGAAUGGUGGCAGGCUCACAAGGACAUUGCACCAGGUCAGUAUUUUACCACUCUAUGA